AUGGAUUUGCGCGUUAUGUUCAGCUACAUGAUUCCGGCAGACCACCACCAGGGAAUUUUAUCCUCAGGCACGUUGACGCUCUUGGUAGCCAGUGAAGGGCUCACCACCAUCCUCGGCUCGCCGGCCAGGAGCCCGCCGCCGCUCUCCCACCGGCAUCGAACGGUGUUUGAUAGUGCUGCCCAACAGACUGGCCGCUAUGACUACGGCGGUAGGGACGCUACCGGCCGUGAUGCUGGGGGCGCCGCGGGGGCGGCGGCAUGGAUAGAGACCGUAGCGGGGUGCACGGGCCCCGAGGACGGUUUCGUCUACGGCGGCGAGGCCGGUAGCGUGCUGACGUUCGUGCGGAAGGGGAGAGAAGACGGUGGCGACAGCGGCGUAGCUGCUGCUGCUGCUGCUGCUGCCGGACACCCUUCCCUGCCCCAGGUGCUAAGGUGGUUCUGGAACUUGAAGCACGAGCGAGGGGUGUUGGCGUACGAAGUCGCCGAGCUAAACGAGCGACGAGAUGUCGGGCAGGAGACCGGGUGGGGAGUGGUGUUCGCGUCCAAUGUUGGGCGGCAUAAACCCUUCCCGCCAGCUGGCCCCGCUGAGUCUCCUUGGGACCCCUCCGCGUUCAACUUCUACAAGGCCAGCCCGUUAGAGUUCGUGCUUUCCUACACCCCGAGCUUCCGGUACGGACGAGAAAUACCAGAGGCUGCCUCUGCUGCCGCCGCCGCCGCCGCCGCCGCCGCUGGGCGGAGAACACAGGCAAAAGACAACGACGGGGUGUCCGUCGAAACAGACGCGAAAGCGGCAGGUUCAACAGCAGCGAAAGCAGCAAGAGGAGCAGCAGAGGUGGGAGAGGGUAAGGCGGUAGCGAUUACCUCCGCCCUACGCGGUGGCGGGGUCGGUUUGCCGAUGAAAUUGGACGGCGUUGCACCUGCGGUGGGGUGCGGGGAAGCCUCGACGGCGUCUCCUCCGCAGGACGCGGUCUUGGUAAACAUCCGGCCUGUCGGUCCCGUGAGUCUUCUCUUGACGCCCGGGUAUGCCCACUCGCACAACCAGCGUGCGACCGCGUAUUCUUUGGCAGUGGCCAUAGACUUUGCUGAGGCGCUGAGGGUGGACCCCGGGUUCCGUCUGGGCUUCAACAGCGCGGGCUCGUCGGCCUCGGUGAACCACCUCCACUUUCAGUGCUGGUACUUUGAUGCUGGGCCGGGUGGUCUUGCGAUCGAGUCUUCCAAGACGAGGCACCUUGCAACGGUACCUCUUCCACGCUCCUCCUUCUCCCCCCCCGCGGAGGGCGAAAACGCGGCGGACAAGGAAGACAGCCUUGAGGUUCACGUUCUACAAGGAUACCCGAUCAGGGCACUGGUGUUCCACACGCUGGGGAAGGAUCUGGAGGCCGCAGGCGAGGCGAUCGAGAAGUGCGUCAGCUUCCUCGUCGAGGAGAACACGCCGCACACCGUGGUCUUCAGCACGGGGAGGGUCUUCGUGCUCCCUCGACAGCACCUCGAGGAGCCGCCGUUCGCCGUGGUUCCGGGCUUUCCCGAGGUCUCGGGCGAGGUCAUCGUCACGAGGGAAGAUGAUUUCCACACGAUCACCGCCGACCAGAUUUACGAGUGGUGGCGCGACAAGGUGGCGGUCGACUCCGAGCACUUCGACCGCAUCACCGAUGGAUGCCUUGCGUAG